GGUCGGCCAUGUUUUCCCACAACAGCAACAUCACGUCGUUUUUGGUAAACGUCAACGAAACAUUCUCCAAAACUAAUUUACAUUGCUGAUUUAUCCACAAGUUUUCAAAAUCAUUUUGUUUAUUACCUUGUGAUAUAAUUAAAUGUUAAAAUGAAUCGAACUGAAGGGCUGGUGCAGCGCAGAAAUGUACUAAAGGAUAGCAGUUCCGAUGGGGCUUUGAAGGAAAAUCAUGAUGUCGAUGAUAAGAAGAAUGAUAAAAAUUAUGAUGACGGGGAUUCUAAGGAAACUCGUUUGACUCUAAUGGAAGAAGUGCUACUUUUAGGCUUAAAGGACAAAGAGGGUUACACAUCAUUCUGGAAUGAUUGCAUAUCGAGUGGAUUGAGAGGGUGUAUUUUAAUCGAACUUGGUUUAAGAGGACGCGUUGAGUUAGAGAGAGCUGGUAUGCGAAGAAAAGGUCUGCUGUCUAGGAAGGUUAUUUUGAAAUCAGAUACACCUACAGGUGAUGUUUUACUAGAUGAGGCAUUAAAACAUAUGAAAGAAACAGAUCCCCCAGAAACGGUGCAAAGUUGGAUAGAAUAUCUUAGUGGUGAAACAUGGAAUCCUAUGAAACUAAAAUAUCAGCUAAAAAAUGUAAGGGAAAGGCUGGCAAAGAAUCUAGUGGAAAAAGGAGUUCUAACUACAGAGAAACAGAACUUUCUAUUGUUUGACAUGACUACACACCCACUAACAGAUAAUGUUGUUAAAUGUCGCCUAGUCAAAAAGGUGCAAGAAGCAGCUUUGCGUCGUUCCAUCACCGACGUGGCGCACGCUGACAAGCGCUCGCUGGCGCUGCUGAUGCUGGCGCACUCGGCCGACGUGCUGGAGAAUGCGUUCGCGCCGCUCUCCGACGAAGACUACGAGCUGGCCACGCGGCGCGUGCGCGCCCUGCUCGACCUCGACUUCGAAGCCGAGGCCAUGAGGCCUGACGCCUGCGAGAUCAUGUGGGCGGUCUUCGCUGCGUUCACUAAAUAACGGUAGCAGUCAUAUGCGGAGUAUCUAUUCGAAAAAAAGGAUGGUUAAAUCUUAUCGAGUUUGCGCAUCCGGGUUAUGUUGACGUUGUAAAACUGCUGCAGUGAAAUUAAUCUAGUUCUAUUAGGCGUGUACAAUUUUAAUGAUACGAAACACGUUUUGGCAAUAGAUGUACCUACCUACUAAGAAGAGAUGUUAAAAUUAUACUAUGCAUAAAAUAUUACUAAAUUAUUAUUUCGGUAAAAAUUUAUUGUUCCUGUCUGUAGAAGUGUGUUACAACAAUAAUUAAGUUGACUUAAAUAUUAAUUAUUGGAGUUUUUGGCGGUCUUCACCACUAGUGGCAAAUAAGUUGACAAAAAAAGAAUUUCAAUUAAUGUAUUAUUGUAAUGUUAUAUUCUUGUAUUUUGAAAACGGUAUAAAAAUAUUUUUAUUCUUUUAUCAUAACUAUUUAACUGCACAACUGUUAACUAUUGUGUAGAUUAAUUAUUUAAAUAUUGCUUUUCGUAAUGUUUAUGUGAUUAAUGUUUUAAAAAUUAGUUUAAUGUAAUUGGUAUCAAUCAUUCAUUCUAAAAUUUAAGUUUCACUAAAAUAAACCAUUAUUAAAAAUAAUUUCAAGAUUAAAAGGACUCUUAUUUUUAUAGGAAAUGUUUAAUAAUAUAACAUGUAACAAACAAGUCGUUUGUUACAUGGUAAAUAUCUAGAAAGGUAUAACACAUAAUGGUCCUUUUUAUUACUGAAAUUUAAGCACUGAAUGUAUUUUUAUUAACAGUAGCUUUGAUUGUUACUUGUCAGCAACCACUUUUUAUCGCAAUACAAUGUAUUCAUCUUUUUAAAUAGAAAAAUACCCGAUACGGUUUAUUUAGAGUGAAUUUGUUAGUUGUACUUAUCUGCCAAUUCCUAGAGCAGUGCCUAAAUGUUUUAUUUAUUGUAAAAUUAUAAAUAAAUAAGAUUAGCACGAUUUUUCCAGUUUUAAUACAAUAGUGUAACACGAGAUCACAAAUGCAUUGGAAAACUAUCUUUUAUCAUAGCCUUGCACUGCACUGCUAAAAUCCUUAAAGUAUCAGUUUUAUAAUUAUUUAAUUAAUAUAAUUUACAACUUUUGUAUGUUUUGUAUGUAAACAAAACAAUUAAUGCAUUAGUAUAGUACUGUAUAAUUUAUAAAUAGUUUUGCGGGGUAUAUGCAUUUUUGAGAAAUCUUAAGAAUCUUAACUAAGUCGAGGCGUUAAAGAAGUGUAUAAAUCGUGUACGCGUGACGUCACAUGCCAUGCCUAUGAAGUAUGGGCGUACUGCCACAAGUUAUA